AUGUUGCCACUACGCCCCGUGUACGCCAAUCUUACACCCAACGAGUCUGUGCUUAACUUGAUCUCCAACGAGAUGAAAGAGAUUAGAGAUGGAACAAAAAGUAACAAAAUAUCACAACCACUUGUUUUAGACAUAGAAGACUUCAAGGGCGACUUCUCUUUCGAUGCUUUAUUUGGAAACUUAGUAAAUGAGCUUCUGCCAUCUUUCCAAGAAGAAGAUGCUGACUCAUUAGAAGCAAAUGGUAAUAUUAAUGGGAAUGAUGCUUUGCCUAAUGGAAGGUCAGGUCAAGGUCAAGGUCAAGGUCAAGGUCAAGGUCAAGGGCAAUUGACUCCUUUAUUUCCAGAAGUAGAUGCUUUAUUGUCAAUGUUCAAGAAUUCCUGUUCGCAGUUAGUCGAAAUUCGGAAACAGGUUGAUGGAAAACUAUUUAAUCUCAAAAAAGAUGUUUCUGCACAAGACUCUAAACAUAGGAAGACGCUUGGUGAGCUGGAGAAAGGUGUGGAUGGGCUGUUUGAUAGCUUUGCAAGAUUGGAUUCACGUAUUUCUAGUGUUGGGCAGACUGCUGCUAAGAUUGGGGAUCAUUUACAGAGUGCAGAUUCCCAGAGAGAAACUGCCAGCCAAACUAUGGAGCUCAUAAAGUACCUAAUGGAAUUCAACAGUAGCCCAGGGGAUCUGAUGGAACUUUCUCCUCUAUUCUCUGAUGACAGCCGUGUUGCUGAGGCUGCUUCGAUUGCGCAAAAAUUACGUUCAUUUGCAGAGGAAGAUAUUGGCAGACAGGGUGUGACUAUGCAAUCUGUUCCAGGAAAUGCAACUGCUAGUAGAGGACUGGAGGUUGCUGUUGGCAACCUUCAAGAAUACUGCAAUGAACUGGAGAACAGAUUGCUGUCUAGGUUUGAUACUGCAUCUCAGAAAAGAGAAUUGUCAACCAUGGCAGAAUGUGCAAAAAUCCUAUCUCAGUUUAACAGAGGCACCAGUGCGAUGCAACAUUAUGUGGGUUUAAGGCCUAUGUUUGAUGUGGAGGUGAUGAAUGCAGACACACGAUUGGUUCUCGGUGACCAGGAUUCCCUACCUAGUCCCAGUAAUGUUGCUCGUGCACUCUCCUCUUUGUACAAAGAGAUAAUCGAUACUGUCCGAAAAGAAGCAGCUACCAUCACGGCUGUAUUUCCUUCUCCAAAUGAUGUCAUGUCAAUUUUGGUACAGCGAGUAAUGGAAGACCGGGUUCCUAAACUGUUGGAGAAACUGUUGGUGAAACCAUCUUUAGUGCAUCCACCUCCGAUGGGAGAAGGUGGUCUUUUGCUAUACCUGAGGAUGUUGGCAGUGGGAUAUGAGAAGACACAGGAACUUGCCAAAGAUCUACGCAGUGUGGGAUGUGGUGACUUGGAUAUUGAAGGCCUAACAGAAUCUCUAUUCAUUGAUCACAAAGAUAUGUACAUUGAAUACGAGCAAGCUUCCUUAAGGCAACUCUACAAAUCAAAGAUGGAGGAACUGCUUUCUGAAAGCCAGCUAUCGGGAGAGUCAACUGGGUCAAUUGGACGUUCAAAAGGCGCUUCAAUAUCAUCUUCCCACCAGCAAAUAUCUGUCACAGUUGUCACAGAUAUGGAGAUUUCAGGGCACGCUGGGAGUGGAUCCGGGUCAGGAUCAGGAGCAGGAGAGGGAGUUCCGGGUGGGUCUGUACAACCCGAGGUUGUCAGCAGAUGA